UGCAGUCCCUCCUUCCUCCCAGAAGCGCCUGGAAUUCAUACCUUCCCCUCCCCUCCCGUUUCUCCUGGCUGCCCCGCCCACCAUGGCCUCCGCUGACAAGAAUGGCGAGGGCGUCUCCUUGGUGUCCAGUAGCCGCCUGCAGAGCCGGAAGCCACCCAACCUCUCCAUCACCAUCCCUCCGCCCGAGACCCUGGCCCCCAGCGAGCAGGCCAGCAUGCUGCCCCAGAGGCCCAGGAACCCAGCCUUCCAGAAGAGCGUCAGCCUCCAGGAGCCGAGGGCACGAUGGCAGGAGGGCGGCUCGGAGAAGCGCCCCGGCUUCCGCCGACGGGCCUCCCUGUCCCACAGCAUCCGCAAGGGCGCGGCCCAGUGGUUCGGGGUCAGCGGCGACUGGGAGCUGAAGCGACAGCACUGGCAGCGCAGGAGCCUGCACCACUGCAGCGUCCGCUACGGCCGGCUCAAGGCCUCGUGCCAGCGGGACCUGGAGCUCCCCAGCCAAGAGGUGCUCUCCUUCCAGGGCGUCGAGUCUCCAAGACCCUGCAAGAUGCCCAAGAUUGUGGAUCCCCUGGCCCGAGGACGGGCGUUCCGCCACCCGGACGAGGUGGACCAGCCCCACGCCCCGCACCCACCCCUGACCCCUGGGGUCCUGUCCCUCACCUCCUUCACCAGCGUCCGCUCCGGCUAUUCCCACCUGCCCCACCGCAAGAGGAUCUCUGUGGCCCACAUGAGCUUUCAAGCUGCUGCGGCCUUGCUCAAGGGGCGCUCGGUACUGGAUGCCACAGGACAGCGGUGCCGGGUGGUCAAGCGCAGCUUUGCCUACCCCAGCUUCCUGGAGGAGGAUGUGGUCGAUGGAGCAGAGACAUUCUACUCCUCAUUUUUUAGUAAGGAAGAGAUGAGCUCCGUGCCUGAUGAUGUGUUUGAGUCGCCCCCACUCUCUGCCAGCUACUUCCGGGGCAUCCCACGCUUGGCCUCCCCGGUCUCCCCCGAAGAGGUGCCGAUCCCUCUGAAGGAGUCUGACCGAGCCCCGGUGCCCACGGCCAAACGCGGCAAGCGUAUCGCAUCCAAAGUGAAGCACUUUGCCUUCGACCGGAAGAAGCGCCACUACGGCCUGGGCGUUGUGGGCAACUGGCUGAACCGCAGCUACCGCCGCAGCAUCAGCAGCACUGUGCAGCGGCAGCUGGAGAGCUUCGACAGCCACCGGCCCUACUUCACCUACUGGCUGACCUUUGUCCACAUCAUCAUCACACUGCUGGUGAUUUGCACGUAUGGCAUCGCGCCUGUGGGCUUCGCCCAGCACGUCACCACCCAGCUGGUACUCAGGAACAGAGGUGUGUAUGAGAGUGUGAAGUACAUCCAGCAGGAGAACUUCUGGAUUGGCCCCAGCUCGAUUGACUUGAUCCACCUGGGAGCCAAGUUCUCGCCCUGCAUCCGGAAGGACCAGCAGAUCGAGCAGCUGGUGCUGCGGGAGCGAGACCUGGAGCGGGACUCGGGCUGCUGUGUCCAGAAUGACCACUCGGGCUGCAUCCAGACGCAGCAGCAGGACUGCUCGGAGACGUUGGCCACUUUUGUCAAGUGGCAGGAUGAUACGGGGCCCCCCAUGGACAAGUCUCCGCUGGGCCAGAAGCGGACAUCGGGGGCUGUGUGCCACCAGGACCCCAGAACCUGCGAGGAGCCGGCCUCCAGUGGUGCCCACAUCUGGCCCGAUGACAUCACCAAGUGGCCGAUCUGCACGGAGCAGACCAGGAGUAACCACUCGGGCUUCCCGCACAUGGACUGCCAGAUCCGGGGCCGCCCCUGCUGCAUCGGCACCAAGGGCAGCUGUGAGAUCACCACUCGGGAAUACUGUGAGUUCAUGCACGGCUAUUUCCACGAAGAGGCCACGCUCUGCUCCCAGGUGCACUGCUUGGACGAGGUGUGUGGGCUGCUGCCCUUCCUCAAUCCUGAGGUCCCAGAUCAGUUCUACAGGCUCUGGCUGUCUCUGUUCCUCCACGCUGGCGUGGCACACUGCCUCGUGUCUGUGAUCUUCCAAAUGACCAUCCUACGGGACCUGGAGAAGCUGGCCGGCUGGCACCGCAUCUCCAUCAUCUUCGUUCUCAGCGGCAUCACCGGCAACCUCGCCAGCGCCAUCUUCCUCCCGUACCGCGCGGAGGUGGGCCCGGCAGGGUCGCAGUUCGGCCUCCUGGCCUGCCUCUUCGUGGAGCUCUUCCAGAGCUGGCAGCUGCUGGAGCGGCCCUGGAAGGCCUUCCUGAACCUGUCGGCCAUCGUGCUCUUCCUCUUCAUCUGCGGCCUCCUGCCCUGGAUCGACAACAUCGCCCACAUCUUCGGCUUCCUCAGCGGCCUGCUGCUGGCCUUCGCCUUCCUGCCCUACAUCACCUUCGGCACGAGCGACAAGUACCGCAAGCGCGCCCUCAUCCUCGUGGCGCUGCUGGUCUUUGCCGGCCUCUUCGCCUCGCUGGUCAUCUGGCUCUACGUCUACCCCAUCCACUGGCCCUGGAUCGAGUACCUCACCUGCUUCCCCUUCACCAGCCACUUCUGCGAGAAGUACGAGCUGGACCAGGUGCUGCACUGACCACCUGCCUGGCGGGGCCGGCG